AUGUCUCCAGAGGCCUCUAGCAAUAUUCGAGUCUUUAUCCGCUGGCACGACCAGACCGUCUUCGCUGGCGAGGAGAUCAAGUGCACCAUCACCUUCAAGAACAUUGCCCGCGAUCCCAAUCAACAGCGACAAUCACAGCGACUCUCACCUGCCGACCGCCCGAGGCAUGUCUCCCCAUUGCUGAGAGGCAAGGCCAGCGCCGGCUUAACCCCGCCGAACUCUGCUCAGACCCGUGGUCACCGAUCCGCCCUAUCUCUUAACGUACCGGCAGCCCAGUCACGAAGCCGCGCAGGUUCAGUACCAUGGCCGUCGUCGCACUCCCCCAGCGCCCUCGAACAUCGCAGCAAUGGGCACAAGAAGUCCGUCUCCAUCGUGUCGAUUGGCUCUACGAGCACAAUACACGAUGACAACCAGAGCAAUGCUGGUUCCGUGAAGUCGCAUCGACCCGGCCGCGGCCACGGGCGAGCCUCCAGCCUCCAGAUCGUUCCUCGCGGAGCUGCUCUGAGCCAGGGCCUUACCGCCCCUCACUCUGCAUCACCAAGGCACAUCAGCUCGCCUCUGUUCAAUUCGACUUCUGCGUCCGACUCACCCCCCGCAACCUCGCGAUUCUCCACCGUACCGAAUACCCCUAGCGCAGUUGGCACACAACGUUCUACAAGGUCGCCGAACAACGCGCUGGCGGAGUUCCGGUUCCCAAUGGUUCAGUCUCCGCUGUCAGAUACUCCGAGCACACCUAUAGCAGCAUAUCACGAUGGGCUAUUGAGCCCAAACCCCGAAGUGCCUCCAAGCCUCGUCAUACGAUCCAAGGAUGGCAUUACUACCAAUUACAACGAACAUGCAACCCCGGCCAUGCGUAUACUAUCUACGACAAGUAUGGGAGGGGGGACGCCACGAAGCAGCGGAGAGUUCUACUCAAUGAGCAACAACUCAACAGAAACACUAGCAUCCGAAUAUCCGACACAGCCCACAAGGGGCCCGAUGCGGCCGCCACACUUUCGACGGCCGUCGAAUCUCGCAUCCCACCAUCCGAAGCAACCGGAAUCGCUGAUGAUGGGUUACGCUCAGAUCCAGGGCUCUUUCACCCUCGAUGGGUCGCUCAUUAAUCUGGCUCCCUUCGAGCAAGUCAAACGGAAGGGCGUGGUAGGCGGCCAAGGAGGCGGUGUCAUAGGAGUAGAACCUUCGAAAAGGGAUAGUGGACUCCUUCGAGGGUUUGGCUGGGGAAGCAUCAGCAACUCGAUCGGGGAACUACUUGGGACCGGGGAAGUCAGCAGCAUCAAAGACAUGCGCGGUAUGGCGAGCUCCAAGUCUGUGCCGCUGCUCUCGACGCCUCAGUCGAUUCUGUUUGUGGACCUGAACCUUGGUCCAGGCGAGCACAAAGCGUUCGAGUACUCGUUCCAGCUUCCUAAGGGACUGCCACCGACACAUAAGGGGAAAGCGGUAAAGAUAUCCUAUAACCUCGUCAUCGGCACGCAAAGGGCGGGUGGCUCGAAAGAGCAACAGGUACGCUCCGUCGAGAUACCUUUCAGGGUGCUGGGCAGCGUCAACGGCCACGGGGAGAUUCUCGGCCACGACCUCAUGAGCCCCUACAUCAUCCUUCGUGACCAGGCCAAGGUCAAGGCUGUCGACAAGCUGUCAACGCUGAGCGAGAUCAAGAAGCUGAAGGCGCCCAAGUCGGACGCGACCAUUAACGAGUUUCUCACCUACGUCGACGAGCUUCUCAACAGACCACGACAAGGGUCGAAUACGGGUCUGCUAUCACCCACAGCGCACCCUGGGUCGCGACGGCCGUCAGUGUUUGAAGACGUCACGACGGCGACGGAUGCCAUCAACUUGGCCAUCAUGCGCAGCAACAUGACCUCCGAAGGCCAGCAAAGCCCCAAUCGCUUCGAGAUCGCCCGCAACGGACAGCGUGUGGGCGUGGUCAUGCUCACGAGGCCCUCUUACCGUCUAGGCGAAGUCGCCACGAUGGCCAUCGACUUCACAGACGCCGAGGUCCCCUGCUACGCGGUGCACUCGUGUCUGGAGUCGGCAGAGCGGGUCGAGCCCCAUCUGGCCAUCCGGUCGGAGGCGUCCAUCCACCGCGUCACGCGCAAGGUUCACGUGUCGGCCUCGGAGGCCACGCUCUACUCCCGAAGGAUGGUCUUCACGCCAACGAUCCCUAUCAACGCGACGCCCGAGUUCGUCACGACGGGCGUCUCGCUGGAGUGGAAGAUCCGCGUCGAGUUCGUCGUGCCGAGCCAGGAGACGGAGCUCGAGCGCGAGGCGCCUAGCACGCACCCGCUACUGGAGGAAAUCUCGCGGGACGAGCGUGGCGGGCUCGUCCUCGUGGCCGUCGAGAACCUGGCCUGCGAGAGCUUCGAGGUGGCGGUCCCGCUGCGGGUGUACGGCGCCGUGGCGACGGGGCUCGAGAAGCUGGAGCGGGACGAGGCGCUGGAGGAGGGCCUCGUGGUCUGA